AUGGCCAUCUGGCCCUGGAGGGGCGACGAUUCGUCAACCGCCUCAUUCGAAAAGACCCUCUCCACCCUGUCGACCAAAAUCACCGACACUCAAUCUCUCCUCGAUCGUGUUCGCUCCAGCUCCCGCCGCGCCCGAGUCCUCUGGACUCUCUACCUGUCUUUCGCCUACCUCGUCUAUACCAUCGUGCUGCUCCUCGUGAUCGGGUACAAGAACCUCGGUGCCUAUGAGUGGACCGGCUUGGUCGGAGGCCCUGUCCUCAUCUACCUGACCCGCACGACCCUUGACGCCUUCUACACAUUCCGCAUCGAGAGCCUGACUGCCAACCUUAAGGAAUAUCAGCAGGAGCGCGAAAAGACGAUCAAAAAGCUCAAGGAUGCCACCAAAUACGACUCCACCAUGGAGCUGAUCGAGAAGUACGGUGGGCAGGAGAGUAGGCCCAAGGGCAAGAAGAAGGGAACCGGCGAUGGCGACGGCGACGACAACCCGCAGAAGGGCAAGAAGGGCAACGCUGCGCCAGCAGCCUCGAACCGAACUCGGAUACCACCCCCUGCCACGGCCAAUAUUCAACGAAGAGACGGUCCCGCGGUGCCCUCUCGGAACCAGAUGGAGCCCGGCGCCGAGUUCGCUCCUAAUGCCGAGUUCGCGCCCUCCGCCUUCCCCGGCGGCCAGGCACCUCCGUCACCCACGGGUUACCCGCAAUACAACGCGACCCCCUCGGAACCGCAUUGGUACGAUCGCAUCUUUGACGUACUCCUCGGCGAUGACGAGACAGCCGUCAAGAAUCGCAUCGUUCUCAUAUGUCACUCUUGCCGCCUCGUCAACGGCCAGGCCCCCCCAGGCACCAAGACCUUAUCCGAUCUGGGACCAUGGAAGUGCAUGUCCUGUGGCACCCUCAACGGCGAGCUCGACGAAGGCAAGCGCAUCGUUAACGAGGUGCUAGGUCAAGCUGCAGAGCACGCCGCAGUGAAGCAGGAGGAUACUACCGACGAUGACGCGGAGGAUGCGUCGAGUGAUGACGUCGUAGAUGUAGCCAAGGAGCACAUUUUAGAGGAGGUGCAGCAGGAGUCAAACGAUGGGCCCGCGGCAGCAGUGAGGAAGCGUCGCGGUAAGGGUAAGAAAUAG